CACCAGCCGGUUCAGGGUCAGUUGUGUGUGUCAGAUCCACAAUGGAGGUGGCGGUUGACGUGUAGUAAAUGAACCAAAAGCGUGUUCGAGGGACUCUAAUUAGAUGUCGUAGUUUAGAGACAGUGUAUUUACACUUAGAAACACUUGAUUUGUUCCCAAGUAUCACGACAUCAAGAUACUGUUGAGGUAUAGCUUUAUUUUUUUUUUUUUUUUCUGUUAUACGUAAACAUGUCCUUAAAACUGACCACUCAGGCGUACUGUAAGAUGCUGCUGCACGCUGCUAAAUACCCUCAUCGCGCCGUUAACGGGCUGCUGGUGGCUGAAAAACACAAAAAGAAGGACAGCCCAAGAAACUCGGUGCUGUGCGUGGAUUGUGUACCUCUGUUCCAUGGGGCACUGGCGUUAGCCCCCAUGCUGGAGGUGGCACUCACGUUGAUUGAUACAUGGUGCAAAGCGAACAAGUAUGUCAUUGCUGGCUAUUAUCAAGCAAAUGAGCGUAUAAAGGAAGCCAGACCAAACCAGGUAGCUGAGAAGGUUGCCGCCAGAAUCUCAGAAAACUUCAAUGAGGCUGCAAUGAUCAUGUUGGACAACAGCAGAUUCACAAUGGAGUGUUUUGUGCCUGUUCUCUUCAUCUAUGAUCAUCAUGAUAACAAGUGGAAGUGCAGAGAGCCAAGCACUGACUGCUUUGAAGAUUGGAUCGAGGCACAGAAGAUCACCGCAGCUCUUCUAGAAAGCAAAUCAUACGAGAGUCUUGUAGACUUUGACAACCAUCUGGAUGACUUACGAAAUGACUGGACCAACCCCGAGAUCAAUAAAUCCGUCUUGCAUCUAUGCUGAAGCCAUCCAGAGAUCCUGUCCACUUAACCGAACCAUCAGUGCUUAAAUGGAAUGCAUUUCUGACCCGUAUUCAGUACUGUUAUUAACGCACUCUCUCGCUCAGCGGAAAGAUUCGUGAAAGAGUAAAUAGGAUAUUGUAAGUGCUGCAUCCUCGGGUUUGAAAGCACCGAGGUCACUCCAGGAAACCGAUGUCAAAUAGGUUUUAUACCCGUUUCCAUGCAGUGGUUUGUAUAAGAUGCUAUCAGAUCAGACUGGUCUCAUUUAACUUGACUAAUUGCUAAACGUGAUCAUUUUAUCCCUUUUUUUUUGUGGUAAGAACCUUUAGGUUAAAUUACAGGUGUGGUUAUUUACUUAAAAUGCUCAAAAGAAAAUAUUGAAUUUUAGCGUACGAAUUAAUAUUGAUCGUUUGAUAAAACAUCAUUUGCUUUUACGUUGGAAACACAGCAGUAAUCUGUUAUUGGUGGAAGAAAAGUAUUUUUGGCUCAGACUUUUUAGUAAAUAAAGCGCUAGACCCUAGGUAUGAGGUCUUUAUGAUUGUAAAGUUUUAUUAAAAAAACAAAAAAUGAAAAAAUAGUCAUUGCGUUGUUGAAGAACGAUAGCAACGUUUUAUUUCUUUAGUACAAAAUUGUAUGAUUUAAAAUGAAGGCAAAACGUAUUAUUACACUUUUAGUUUUAACUGACAGUUAAGGUAAUGAACGUAAGCAGAGAUGACGAGGAACUGAUUAUGUGCUAUUUGGAUUGCAUUACAAGUUUUUGUAAUUACAUUAUAAGUCUCAUAAUCAGAAAUGCUAUGUGUUUGUCAUAUCCAGCGACCUUCAUUAUUCUUGCUGGUUUCAGAAUUGUAGACAAAAAUACAUCAUUUGAAGGUGUCCUUGUUAGAGCGUGACUAUAUGUUUAAGUACUGAGCAAUAAUAAAUAACUACGUGUACUUACUAUAUGAUUAUGGUUAGGAUUAGGGUUACAUGCAUGCAAUUAUGCAUAAUUUAUUGUUGUAAUGGUACAUAUAACGUGUAACAAGGGCACCUUUAAAAUAAAGUGUUGCUAAAACUUUAUUGAUUUGAAAUGAUUACUUUAAGUACCAAUUCGAUUUUAGGUUAAAAUAUCAAUAAUUUAACACGUUUGCAUGUUCAUGGUUCUAUGAUGGUUCUAUGACUUUAAAGUAAAUAAAAUAUUUCAGCUUUU